CUGCUAAAGACAUGGAAACCAGCAGAGGUGCUAACCACAUUUUGUGUGUAUGUGCAUUCCGAUCACUCAUUGCAGGAUGGCGACGCAUGGUGGAUGCACGUUGUCACCCCAGGGAUGCAAGAGGACCAAGACAGGCAGGAGUUGCAGGGUCGCGGGGGGCGCUGGCGCCUAUCUCAGCUACAAUCGGGCGGAAGGCGGUUUACACCCUGGACAAGUCGCCACCUCAUCGCAGGGCCAAUGUCACAGUUAUUUGGUGUCGAACCCCAAGAUGCAGAGAAGGAGGCAGGCAUUUGAUCAGGUCACGACCUUGGACGCACCAAUGCAGAUGCAGGAGAUUGUGGAGGCCAUCAAAUCAUUACAACCCAGGAAAUGGCCCUGAUGGCCUGCCGAGUGACUUUUACGCAGCAUUCUGUAAACAAUUAACACCUGUAAACAAAGAUACUUACAAGUCAGGCACUUUGUGUCUGCCUCCCCUGCCAAGCUUCCUGAUAAUGUCAUACACCAGCUUCGUGACUUCCCUCAACACACCCGUGGCCACACCCCUCCGACUUUCAGCUAACUGUGGAGGGGGCGUGGCCUGCGGGCCUGCAGCGAAGCAGGGUGUUGCCAGGACCAGCCUCGAAAUCAGCGACAGCAGCCAGGAGGAGAGAUGGGGUUGGAGCUGGAGCCAGAGCGCGAGCGAGAACGGAAGAAAAAGACUAUUGCUGGAAACCAACCGAGAGACUUAUUGAAAAAUAAAAAAAUAUUGUAACCCUGAAA